AUGGGUCACGAAGAUGCUGUCUACCUCGCCAAGCUCGCCGAGCAGGCUGAGCGCUACGAAGAAAUGGUUGAGAACAUGAAGGUUGUCGCCUCCUCAGACCAAGAACUGUCCGUCGAAGAGCGGAAUUUGCUUUCUGUCGCCUACAAGAACGUCAUCGGUGCCCGCCGUGCCUCUUGGAGGAUCGUGACCUCGAUCGAGCAAAAGGAGGAGUCCAAGGGCAACGAGUCUCAGGUCACAUUGAUCAAGGAGUACCGUCAGAAGAUCGAGAACGAGUUGGCCAAGAUCUGCGAAGACAUCCUCGAAGUUUUGGACCAGCACUUGAUUCCUUCCGCUCUCAGCGGUGAAUCCAAGGUUUUCUACCACAAAAUGAAGGGUGACUACCACCGUUACUUGGCUGAGUUCGCUAUUGGCGACCGCCGCAAAUCCUCCGCCGAUGCUUCCCUCGAGGCUUACAAGGCUGCCACCGAGGUUGCCCAGACUGAUCUUGCUCCUACCCACCCUAUCCGUCUCGGACUUGCCCUUAACUUCUCCGUCUUUUACUAUGAGAUCCUCAAUUCUCCUGACCAGGCCUGCCACUUGGCCAAGCUUGCAUUUGACGAUGCUAUUGCUGAACUCGACACCUUGAGCGAGGAGAGCUACAAGGACUCCACCCUCAUUAUGCAGCUCCUGCGUGACAACUUGACUCUCUGGACCUCUUCGGAGGCCGAGACCGCUCCUGAGCCCGCUACCGCCGAGAAGAAGGAGGAAGCCCCCGUUCCUUCUACUGAAGCUCCCGCUGCCGAGUAA